AUGUGUUCACCAUCUUAUCUAAUUCGAUGUUGUAGUAAAAGCAGAACUUAUCACUGUAAAAUAAUUUUGCUAGAUGAACAAGAAAUAUUCCAGGAGAUCAGGCCAACAACUUAUGGUGAAGAAGUUCUGAAAACUGUCUUCAGGCAUCUCAAUCUCAUAGAGACAUCUUACUUUGGUCUAAGAUAUAUUGAUAAUGAAAACCAAACACACUGGCUUGAUGUUGAUAAACGUGUAACAAGUCAACUGAGAGGUGAGUAGCAAUUUUCAUCUUGUUUUUAAUUAAUCUUAAUAGAAUUUUAUAGUCGUUUUCUUGAAUCGUGUCAAAGUUAUUAUCUGAAAUUAAGCAUCAGAUAUCAGUUUUUUCUUCAAUUGAGGCAAGAUAUUCUUCAGGGAAGACUGCCUGUCCCAUUUGAACUUGCAGCAGAACUUGGAGCAUACUUAGUGCAAUCUGAGCUUGGUGACUAUGAUCCUAGAAGACACCAUUCUGGUUAUGUAUCUGAAUUUAGAUUUGUAUCAAACCAAACAUAUGAGUUGGAAAAGAGAAUUGAAGAAAUUCACAAAGACCUUAUGGGACAGCAACCUUCGGUAGCAGAAUUAAACUACCUUGAAAAGGUGAAAUGGCUAGAAAUGUAUGGUGUUGACCUCCACCCAGUAGUGGGAGAAGACAACACAGAAUACUUCCUGGGAUUAAUGCCAACUGGAGUGAUUGUUCUUCGUAAUAAGAAUAAAGUGGCAAAUUAUUAUUGGCCCCGUAUAACAAAGAUAUACCACAAAGGAAAAUACUUUAUGUUAAGAGUUACAGAUAAGAACAAUGAAGAAAAUACAUAUGGCUUUGAAACUCCUUCAAAGUCAGCAUGUAAACAUCUCUAUAAGUGUUCUGUGGAACAUAGUAGUUUCUUCAAACUUGCCAGUCUGUCAACUAACACACCAGAUCUGAUUGGUUCAAGUUUUAAUGGAAGAAGAGACAAAACUAGUCGUGAAAGAAUGAGGAAUACACAAUUUGUAAGAACACCAAGUAGAAGAUACCAAAGAAGAGAAAUUGAGAUGCCUAGAGAAACAUUAAUGGAGCAAGAAACUCUCAUACAAAAAGAGACACAAAAUAUUGGGGAACGGAAAACUUUCAGUAUAAUACAGCUGCCUCACAACCAGCAAAAUAAAAGAAGUGAAUCACCUCGAAGUAUUAGAAGUGCUCCGCCAACACGUGGCCUCUACACCACACCAAGUCCACGAUCUUUGAGGUCUGCUGGUAAUAUUCGGUCUUCAUUAUCUAGAAGAUCAGCAUCACUUGAAAGUCGUUCAUCCACAGAUUCAAAACCAUGUAAAAGACAUUAUAAUAGAAGAAAGGGGUCUGAUAAUGAAAGUGAAGUCUCAAAGUGCUCUGGUAAAUCAAGACGAAGACGAAACAGAAGCAGACGAGCUUCUGGAAGUGAACGGGAUAGUAGGAGACACCGAAAUUCAUCAAAACAAAGAUAUGAACUGGUAGAUUCCUCUGAGCUUUGGAAAGAAGUUCAAAGGAAGCAAGCUGAAAGAGUGGUUCAAAAAGCAAAAGUUGUUGCUUCUAGAAAGAUUCAAAGUGAAUUAAAAUAUAAUGAAGAAAAAGAUAAAGAAAAUGGUUUCCAUACUAGAUCUCGAAGGCAUCGAAAACAUAGAUCUAGAUCAAGAUCUCCAACUGACAGUAAAAGAAGAUUGCCAGAUGAGCUGAAACAACAUUUACAGUUUACUCUUAUAGACACAGAUGGAAUGACUGAAAGUCAAUUAAGGGAAAUACCUUAUAAAGUUGUUGAGACUGAUGCUGCAAAAGCUAUUAGAGUUAAGCUUUCUCCUACAAACAAACGGAUUUCAGUUCAAGCCAGAAGGCAUAGGAGCUCGAUGAAUGAAAUGGGUAUUUUAACUAAAGGAGACAGUCCUCCUCCACCUUACUGUGAGAAACCAAAUGAGCUUGAACCAAACUAAUACCGAAUUUAUAUUACUGUUAAGCUUCUAUCAAUAAAAAUUUGUUGUUAGGUUGUAUCUUUAAGUAUUACAAUUCAUUGAUUAAUGUGUAAAUAUUUAUUUUAUAGUCAUUUAUACCGUGAAUCCAGUUUUCUUUUCUCUUCUUUUUUUGUAUGUAUGGAUCACAAGAAAAAGUUGUUUUUUAAAAAAAUGUAAAGUUAAUUCAAAAGGUUUAAAAUAAAUACUAGACAAUACUAGUCGUAAAACUUGCAGCUGCUGCAGUUUAUAAUUGAGAUAAUAAAGCAUUAACUUGUAAAUUAUUCUGUCUCAGGUUAUUAUUAAAGUAAUUAAAAAUGUUUUUUUUU